AUAAUGAAGGACCAGCACCAGCUGAAGUUCAGAACAUAGAUAUGACAGAGGCAGUGGAAGGUGAAAGUAAAGAAACCUCUAAUCUAACAGGAGAGGUAAGUAAAUUAUCUGUAGACGACAGUAGAGCUAUCCUCCAAAGUAAAACGAAAUCCAUGGAAUCUGAAAAAGUGCAAGGUUUAAUAAAAAAACUGUCUAUAUCUCAUGAACCAAUUGAUGAUAAUGAUAGAGAAAAUAAAACCAGGAAAUUGAAACUAAAAACUUUACUCCAGUGUUGGUACCUGUUUGCUGAAAAAUUUGAAGAAAGGGUUAAAGAAAUUAAAAAUGAUAAUAGUAGAUUUAAUGAUCAACAAGCUAGAGGGUUAGUUUAUGGUGAAAUCGCAACGAAUAUUCCAGGAUUCACAAGAGAAAGCCUACGUAAAAAAACAGCAAAAACUAGAAAUAUUUAUAAGUUGUUUGGUGAAA